UUUGGCAGCCACCGCGUAUCGACCUGCACUCAUCCGCCAUGUCCUUCAUCAGACCAUCAGCAACGCCUGCUUUCCGCGCCGUGGGAUUGGGUCUCGGGAGGAGGUGCUUGCACAACUCUCGACCUCUGGCUCUCGGAGCGAGCCAAGUGAAGAGGGAUGCGUUGGUGGCGUCCAACGAAACAGGUGGCUUCAAGUACAUUCCUGGAGGCCCCAUCCUUCCCGGCACUGUCAACGACGCCACCACCUUCCCCACUCCCAACAAGUCUCACGGCUCUUACCACUGGGCGUUUGAGCGGCUCCUUUCCGCUAGUUUGAUACCCAUCACUGUCGGUGCCGCCGUCUCCUCGGGUAGCGCCUACCCCAUAAUGGACGGUAUCCUCGCCAUUUCCCUCAUUGUCCACACCCAUAUCGGUUUCGAUGCUUGCGUUGUUGAUUAUGUCCACCCCCGAAAGUUCCCUGUCCUUGGUCCCAUCACCAAGUGGAUCUUGCGAGCUGCUACCGGUUUGAGUGUUUGGGGUGUCUACGAGUUCAACACCAACGACAUUGGUCUUACUGAACUCGUCAAGCGGGCUUGGACUGCCUAAGCGGGCAGGGCGCAGGAGAGAGGAGUGUAGCUGUUAUUGUUCGAGUGUAUGGAUUAGGGUUCGCUCACACAGAGACGGAUUACGGAUGUCUCAUUUUUCUUUCUAUUUUCAUUAGGAUGCAGCAAUCAAGAUCAUAAAGCAAAACA